AUGCAAUUAUCUCAAUUUAUUAACUUCUAGGAGAGGCUGGUUUCUUUCCCAAACAUUUAUCACUUAGUAUGGCAGGCGUUUCCGAAGAUGCUAUGGAUAAUUAUAUGUAUUCCCCUUACUCAAACCCUUAUUCUUAUCGUUAUUGUUACCCCAAGGGGAAAGGGGGGUCCAGCUGGCGAACUCCGCGCCCCCCAGCUUAUGGGCUCUAUGGUGAUGGUAGUAGUUAUUUUUCUGGCGAGUCCGCCACCGAUUAUUUUGAUAAUUUCCAAAGAGCCCAACUCAAAGCUAUUUUGUCUCAAGUGAACCCUAACCUAACGCCCCGACUGCGAAAAGCCAACACUCGGGAUGUGGGGAUCCAGGUUAACCCCCGGCAGGACGCGGCUGUCCAGUGUUCUCUGGGACCCCGAACCUUGCUUAGGAGAAGGCGUGGGCCGCCACUCUUACGUCGGUGGCCGGAGCAGCCACAGCAGUUGCUGGGCGAGCCUGUUGGAAGCCCACCACAGGUGCGCUUUCCUAGGACAAUUGCAGUUUAUUCCCCCAUUGUUUCGAGACGACUUGGCGCUUUUGAGGAAGAAGAUGAAGAAGAAGAGGGAGAAGGGGGUCAGCAAGAUGAGAAAGAAACUGAAGAAAAAACGGAUGCGAACGUGGAGGAGAUACCUGCUCAAGAAGGAGAGGUGCGAGAAGAAGAAGAGAAUAAAUCUGUCCAAGGUGUUACAUUAGAUGAUGAGGAAAAACAGGAGCAGAAAGAAGCCUGUGAUAUAGGGAAAGAGAACCUGCCGGAAGAAGAGAAACCAAAUGACGAAUUAGUUACUCUACCCCAAAAGGAUGAAGAUUCAACUGCUGAAAAAAUACAACCAGCUUCCCAAAAUGGAGAGAAACCACCACAGCCGGUACAAAGCAAAACUAGGCUGCGGUUCCAGUUCCUAGAACAGAAGUAUGGAUACUUCCAUUGCAAGGAUUGCAACAUUAGAUGGGAAAGUGCAUAUGUGUGGUGUGUACAAGGAACUAAUAAGGUCUAUUUCAAACAGUACUGUAGAGCUUGCCAGAAGACUUACAAUCCUUAUCGUGUGGAGGACAUUACUUGCCAAAGCUGCAAACAGACUAGGUGCACUUGUCCAGUGAAAUCACGCCAUGUAGACCCUCAGAGACCUCAUCGUCAGGAUCUUUGUGGGCGAUGCAAAGGCAAACGCCUUUCAUGUGAUAGCACUUUCAGCUUUAAAUACAUAAUUUGAAUUUUUGUUGAUCCUGUUCUGUAUUUUGAUUCUCUAGUAUUUUUUUUAUUUAAUGUAUGAACAUGACAGGAGCAAUUUUCUUGAAGCACUUAAAGAUGUAAAACAAGUAAUGAAUGCUUAAUUUUUUUUGAGUCAAAUGGCUGGGCCAGAGUUUAGAAAUGACAAAUCUUGCACUAUAUGGAAUAAAAUAUUGCAUUAUAUUGAAUUAAAAUUGCAUAGCCUUUGCAGAA